AUGGCGCGUAGGGCGCCGAGCGGGCGGGCCCCGGCCGUGGCUCCGGCUCCGUCCCGGCGGCUGGCAGGGAGGGUCCUCGUCCUCUUCACGCUGUCGCUGUCCUGCUCGUACCUGUGCUACAGCCUCCUGUGCUGCUGCGGCAGCCCCGCCGCGCCCCGCGCCCGCUGCCCGCCCGCCCGCGCCGCCGCCGCCAAGAAACUUCUGCAGCAGUCGCGGCCGUGCGGGCGGGCGGCCCCCGCCCCGCCGGCCGGCAGCGCCCCGGGGCCCGCCCGGCCCGGCACCAAGCGCCUGCCGCGGGCCAUCGUGGUGGGCGUCAAGAAGGGCGGCACCCGCGCCGUGCUGGAGUUCAUCCGGGUGCACCCCGAGGUGCGCGCCCUGGGCACCGAGCCCCACUUCUUCGACAGGAACUACCACCGCGGGCUGGAGUGGUACAGGAGCCUGAUGCCACGCACCCUCGACAGCCAGAUCACGGUGGAGAAGACCCCCAGCUACUUUGUGACCAAGGAGGCCCCGCGGCGCAUCUUCAACAUGUCCCGGGACACGAAGCUGAUUGUGGUGGUGCGCAACCCGGUGACCCGCGCCAUCUCGGACUACACGCAGACGCUGUCCAAGAAGCCAGACAUCCCCACCUUCGAGGGGCUGACCUUCCGCAACCGCAGCCUGGGGCUGGUGGACACCUCCUGGAACGCCAUCCGCAUCGGCAUGUACGCCGUGCACCUGCAGAGCUGGCUCCAGUACUUCCCCCUGUCCCAGAUCCACUUCGUCAGCGGCGAGAGGCUGAUCACGGACCCGGCGGGCGAGAUGGGCAAGGUCCAGGAUUUCCUGGGCAUCAAACGGGUUAUCACUGACAAGCACUUCUACUUCAACAAGACAAAAGGCUUCCCGUGCCUGAAGAAGUCAGAGAGCAGCGGCUUGCCCCGCUGCCUUGGCAAGUCCAAGGGCAGGACUCACGUGCAGAUAGACCCCGAGGUCAUCGAGCAGCUUCGGGACUUUUAUAGACCUUAUAACAUCAAAUUCUAUGAAACAGUCGGGCAGGACUUCAGGUGGGAGUAAGAGUCCAGGAGCAGAGCUGCACUGACAGGAAGCUGCAGUGUUCUCUGAGGAGGGCCCAAGGGGCUGGAGCCAGGACCCCUCAGCCCACCCUGCCCAGAAUUGCGGGCAGAGCCAGGCAAGGGGGUCCCCUGUCCCUGAGGAGUCUGCAGUGCUCUGGAGAACCAAGACAAGGAAGACUCAGAUCCUGCUGCAGCCACCAAGCUAAGGGAUGGGUGCCCAGCAGCACUGCCUGUCCCAGCGGGCCAGCAGCCACCUCUGUGGGCUCCUGUUUGCUCUGAGCACCACAAGGUCCCUGGGCCACGGGGAUGGCCCCAUCUGCAGCCUGUGCCCAGGCUGCUCCAAAGCACAGCCCUCUGUGUCCCAAAGCAACGGGUGCUCCUGGACAGUGGCAGUGGGACUGUCCCUGCCGGGCCCUGUCCCGGGCAGGCAGAGCUGCACUUUGUCAUUGCCCACCAUGUGUACCCCUGCGGACAGUGAGAUGUAUUUGCUUGACAAAGAAUCUAUGGAAAAUGUUGUACUGAUAUUUUGUCCUGUGAAUAAAGCACAGAAUCCUGCUGUUACGGGUACUUUAGUGGCACUAGUUUCCUUGUUCAGCUUGUGAUCCCUUCAUGUAAAUAAAGUGGCUUCCACCAGUCCGAA